CCCUUUGGCUCUACCCACACAAAGAUACCCACUUUCUAGGCCCUCUCUAUAUAAUAACCCCCGCUCACAAAACUCACUCUCCAACCAAUCCCUCACCGGCCAACUAUUCUCAACAUAUCGAUCAUGGCUCAACUCCGAUGUGAGAUGAACAUCAUGAAACUAACAAACCUCGACACGAGCCCCACCUCGGGCAAGCUCUUCAUAAGAUACUACGUUUACGUAGGAGGAGGAAGGAGGGUGAGGAUAGAUACCCGAGAGGUUCCAAGCGCGGGCGAAGACCCGCACUGGGGCGAGGAGUCCUCCUUGGAGUGCGCCGUGCCCUCGAACCCUGUGAAAAAGGCGAUACGCGAGCGUGGUGUUUUGUUCGAGCUGAGGUGGAGGAGGGACGAGUCGUGUUUCGGCAUGAAAGCGAAGUCUAAGAUGCUGGGGAGGGCUGAGGCUGCUUGGGAGGACGCGUUGGUCGAGAAGCGGGUGAGCUUUGCGAUGCGGAGCCCGUUGACGGUGACGGAGGGGUGUAAGCCGCCGACACUUUUGGUGAGGAUGGGGAUUAAGGUUAGGGAUCUGGAGUUGAGGGAGAAGCAUAAGGGGUGUGAUUGUGAGGGUUGUGGGUGGAUUGGGAGUGAGGAGGACAUGUUUGUAGCUGCAACUGCGGCUACUAUAUAUGAUUGAUAUGCAUGUGUAGGUGGAUGUUAAUGAUAGUUUUUUUUUUUUGUAUAUCUUUUUGUUUUGAUUUUAGAAAUGUUUGGGGUGACCGGAUGUGAUUUUCUAUGAGAUUUGAGA